CCUCUAAGGGUUUUUACCUUUGGUGUAAACUUCCUUGUAUUUUUAUUACAAUUUGUGUCCUCACAGACAGGAAGCAUCCAUAUCAGGUUCACAUUCACAGCAUUCCAUUAAUUACCACAACUGUAAAAUGGCAAAUUCAAACCAUCAAUUUUACAUACAUGGGGCUGAGGAGCAAGUGUGUGCUGGAUACCUUUACAAAUCUCCCCCAGAGAAUCAGUUCAAGAACCAGAAAUCAUGGAAGCGGAGGUAUUUUGUGCUUCUAAAGUACAGUGACCACACAUGCCAGCUUAAAUACUUCAAAAGUGAGAACAAGAACAAGUCACUGGGAGUCAUAGAUUUGUCUGCGAUUACCUUCAUGUUCUUGCGCCCUGAGAUGCACUCUAUGUGGAAAUGGAUUCAAAACAAUUUCAGAUGUUCUCCUUCUUGUGUACUGUUUAUUAAAGUACCAGAAAGAGACUACUUCCUUAUUGGCGAAAACAGUGGGGACAUGGACAAAUGGUUCACUACUUUAUUUGAUGUUUUAAAUAAUCGUCCACACAGGCUACUGGAUCCCAAGGAGUUUGGGACAUUCAGAGACAUCAGUCAACCUCCACAAUCAGAAAAUGACAUUAACCAGAGAGCCGAGUGGGAGCUGAGUCUUACAAAACGUAUUACACAUGAGCUGCCAUCAUCUGUGAUCCAUGAGCCUGUCUAUGUCAGUCCUGUAAACUGCAAAAAGAAUCAGUGAGACAGAACAGAUUGCAGAAACAAAGCACAAAGGAUCGCCGGAUUGCAUCACUGACUGCAUUGACACAGAUGAAUUGUCAAAAUGAAUAAGAACUGUCAGGCUUUAAUCAUGAAUUUCAGAUUCAUUGUUCCUUGUUUUUGUUGAGAGGUAAUUGUCAGAUUACAACUGUUUGGAAACAAACAAGUUAUAUGGUUAAUAAGGUUAUAUGUUAAAUUAAUUUUCUAAGAUACUAUGCUUGAUAUACUACAGUAGAUCAAGUGUUUUUCAGUUUUAUAGAAUUGCAUUAAACUGGCACAAACACAACAUUUUUACACAUACUAUAGAUUAUAUUGGACACCAAAACUGAAUUUCAUAAUUAAAAGAACCACAAAAGGCAUUGAUUAAAGCAUUUGACCAGCAGACUAUAAUUUCAGAAAAAGUAGCCUGUUUUAAGAAAUCUGAAACAAUACCUCAAAAUGAAAAUACUGUAUGUACUCUAUUUUACAACAUAUUUCAAAAACAAAUGUGCUUUCAUAUAAGUUGCCUUGGUAUGAAAAUACCAGCAAAGGAAAAAUGUUUAUGUCAGUGUAUUAUUUGUAAAUUACCUUUUUUUUAUUAUUGUGUAUUUUAUAUUGCAUGUAGCCUUUGGAUGUGUAACCUUUUGAUUCUGUACAUUAUGCUCUGAUUAAAAAGGUUUCCU